UUGUCCAUUAUCUAUCUAUCUAUCUAUCUAUCUAUCUAUCUAUCUAUCUAUCUAUCUCUUCAUAUCUAUCUCUUCAUAUCUAUCUGUUAUCUUCAUAUGUAUCUUUUAUUUCUUUUAUUUUGUAAUACCCAUCGAUCGUUUGCACUUUCUAUGUCUUAUAUUAUCUAUCUCAGAUGCUGCUCAAGAUUAGGUAAUUGGUUAUCUAUCUAUCUAUCUAUCUAUCUAUCUAUCUAUCUAUCUAUCUAUCUAUCUGAGGUUGUUCAUUAUCUAAGUUUGUUCAUACCUAUCUAUCUAUCUUGUGUUAGGCUGUUCAUAUCUAUCUAUCUAUCUAUUGUAGACAGACCCUUCCUCCUGCAAACACCAGCAACACCUCCACUCCCUCCCACUCCUCACUCCCCUUCCUGCACCUGCCCACAUCCUUGUCUCUAUUACCAUUACCAACAGCAACAACACAAGCUAGAAUUCUCACUACCCUACCCCGCCUCGCCAACCGACCAUCCUUGCUCUCCCCUCUUCUUUGCUCUUCCCUUCCGCGACCAUCCUUGCUCUUCCAUUCUCCUCCUUGCUCUCCCCUGCCACCAAGAUCUCAACCACCGCUCGCCUUCACCUCAGCCCCACCAACACACCCUCUCUCUUUCUUUACCUCUUCCACCUACACGCCCUAACUCCUUCCCUUCCAUAUACACUACCACACCCGCUCCCAUUUUUCUUCCUCCCUUCCACUUGUCACUCUUUCCACACAGACACAUACACGCGCAUGCACUCGGCUAUAGAUACAUUCCACUUAGUUAUUUUCAAGCUAAAAUAAAGCAUCUAUCUAUCUAUCUAUCUAUCUAUCUAUCUAUCUAUCUAUCUAUCUAUCUAUCUAUCUAUCUAUCUAUAUUCUAUAUAGAUAUCCAUAUAGAUAUAAAUUGA